AUGUCUUCACCUGUUCGCCAACCUAUAAGCGUGAAUAUUAAUAUCGAUACUGACUCCUAUACCAUCCCUGACACCAUAUUGGGUUCCCGGCGGCCUAUCAAAGUCAUUGUAAUAGGCUUCGGCUUUUCUGGUAUCAAUAUUUCGUACAUCCUCGGUCGUCAAACAAAGAAUGGCAAUAUUACCUUGCAGUUUUACGAGAAAAAUCCGGAGCUUGGUGGCACAUGGUUUGAAAAUACAUAUCCUGGGUGUGCUUGUGAUAUUCCAAUAGUGAACUACAUACCAAUUCUCAUGGCAUCCGAAUCCGGCGUGGACAAGUUAAAGGAGAUUCUAGCUUACUUGCAUGAUGCAGUUUCCCAUCACAAUCUUGACUCUGACGUUAAGCUCAAUCACCAGACAACGCCGGCUCCUGCUUUUGUUGAACAGACGGGUUCAAUAACCGCAAAUACACCUAAAUCUUCUAAGGAAAAAAGAAGCCUCGAGAAAGUCCUCGUCAAACUCGAUCCGACCUUUAGUAACUCGACUUGCCCAGCUACUAGCUCUUCCGGAAGAUGGGCAAAGCCCUUAAUGAUUCGAACAACAAGAUCACCGCCUACGAAAAUCACAAUAAUCAAUGGAUUAAAUCCCUUCAAAGUUCAACCACCAAGAAGCGUAAAAAAGUUGAAACCGACCGCAACGCUAAUUUCGUCCGUCCGCCUGAAAGACGUCCGUGAGGUGAAGGCAGGGCUUAAGGACGCCGUAUCAGCACCCCCCAUUGUCACUCAACGAAAUAAAGCCGAAGAAAUGGAGAAGGAAGAAAGCGAAUAUGAAACCGAUAAUCCUAAGUGUAUGGUAGUUAGAAUGCGUCAAAUUUAA